CGUGACGAGUCAUAUCUGUCGGCCCCAUUCACUUCGCUCUCCACAUCGCCAGGUGUGUCGAAUCUCUCGACUGGCGGGUCGCCUGGUCCCCUGGAACGUCUCCGGAGACACACUAUAACCCCGAAUCCGCCUACUUUCCCAAAUCUCGCAAGAUACCGCAGCACCGGGGAGUCGUUAAAUUCGUCCCCGGAAAACCGAAGACCGGAAAGCAGUGUCUACUAUACCACCGCCUGGGGUUCUCCGUAUGCUGUACCUAGCCCUCGCACGCUAUCAUUGACUUUGAGUCAGAGUCAGAACGCUGGUGUCGAUCGUGAAUCGGGAGCUAGUUCCCCGGCCUCGAUGCCCAGUGGUACAUUUCAGGGGAUUGAACCGAGCAGCGAUAAUAAUAAUAAUAAUAAUAACAAUAACGACAACAACGGAUUUCUGAGACCGUCCGGUGGGGAGAGCUCUGCCAGGAAUCUAUACAGUGGCAUCCUGGACCGUUCUCCGGGACGAGAUCUGUUUGGCAGAAAAGGAGGAAAGUCGAUAAAGGACUUCACUCAGGAUUGGAUCAACCAGUACCUUUCUGGUCAGCCCAGAACAGAGCGGAGCAAUUGGCUUAGCGACGACUCAGGCAGCGAGGCUCCAUCGUUCUUUACAGCACAGAACCAUUUUGCAGACGACGAUUGGUUGGGUCUGGAAGAAGACAGUCGCGGCGAGGAACUUUUAAGGACGCCAACACUGGCCGAUUUUGCGAACCGGAAGAAAGGCACCGGCCAAAGCGAGAGCAGUACUAAUAGUACUACUAGUACGGCCCGUCAAAAAUUCAGGGAUUAUAUCCACAAGCGGACGGAGACGCUCAAGCAGGAGGACUUUUGGGGGUUUGCAUACGAUAAAGAUCCGCAGCCGAUCGCCAUGGACAACACAGAAGGUCUGCCUCCAACCGACUCGGAGGCAAGCAAAGUAGUCUCGCCCGUCGAGAAGCCACUGCCACCACCGCCUGCAGAGGAACCGAUUGAGAAGACACCACAAUCAGCGCCUAAUAAUGCUGAAAACGCUCAGAGAUAUGAAAGCACCCCCCGACCAAAUGCCCCGAAACCACCAGUCUUAAGUAGAUCUGGCACCUCGACGUUCCAACGAACCAAAAAGAAGAUUCCCUGGCGGGGGAAAGCGUGUAUUAUUGCGCUUCCGCUGGAAGACAAGAGAGGUUCUGAAGAAUCCGGGCAUCGUCUGAUGCGCCCCGAGGAUGUUGAACAGCGACUGAGGAAGUGGGAAGAAGAAGGAUACGACAACAGUGGAUUCACCAUCUCUAAUUUGAAUGAUCAGUAUGAUGCUGCGGCCAUGGAGCUCGGAGGCUCAAGUCGACCUGUCUUCCCCGACCCUACAGACGUACAGGGAGAGUGGACAACUGGGGAGUAUGGAGUCCGGUUCCCAGAUAAGGCCGUAUGGGAUUCCUAUGUCAAUUUCCUCCAAGAGGAGAAGUUGCGAGCUCUUGGUGUGUCGCUGGGCGAUGAGGAAGAAGCGCAACCGUCCGUUUCGCCGGCGUCUGCUGCUAUGAGCCAGAUGGCUCCUUUCCCUGGUCUAAUCGCGUCACCACCCAUCCCGACAGCAUCGGCGGCCGGCAACCCGCUUGCUGUACCGCACCCCUUCUCUCCGCAAUUGAAUCAGUCGGCGAAUACGCCUAAUGGCAUCGGCGCUCUAGCAUCUCCUGCCUCGCAAUUCAGCGUGCAAGCACCCUUUUUGGGCGUCGACCAAAAUCUGCUUGCCGGAUAUCCUCUGCCGUUCCAGCCCACGCCUCCUGCCCAGGGCUCUUUUACCCCUCAAAGUUUCUUGAACGCCCGCCAGGCAGGAGCUAUUCCUGGCACCUUGCCUAACUUGUCGUCUAUGCUCUCGCCUGUUUCGCCUUUGAAUGACCAGGGUCCCUUCCACCCAGGGCUGGAUGGCAAGGAAUCCUUCGACAACCAAGGACAACCAUUGCCUCGGGUCCAGACCCCUACUGAGCAACCGGAUCAUUUCCAUGCAUCUAAUGUGGAGAUUGCUCAUCCUACACCUCGCGGCCACAGCCGUGGUCAGAACCUCAGCGAGACACUUCAGAAGGGCUUGGAUCAUAUCAACCAUUCCGACUACCACCUGGAGAGGUCGAUCGAACGGCAGCUGGAGGAGGACGACCGGGAUGCAGGUCGUGAUGGUUUCAAGAAUUCUGGACUGCUGCACUCUAAAUGGGCUAUGCCGGAUGCUGAUCCUAAUCAAUACCACGGGUAUAACCAUCAUGACGGCUCUGAUAUCGAUACUAACCCAAGUCUUUCCGGUGCACCCCACGGUCACGGCCCUCUCGCGAACGAUAUUGCCUGGCACGAGUCGAAACCAAGCAUGGAAUCGCAUCGCUCGAAACUGUCAUCGUCGACAUUCAACGUGGAAGCCAAAGAAUUCGAUCCCAUGGGUGCGUUUGCGUCCCAGAACUUCGGGUUCCAAGACAAUGCUUUCCAGUUCCAAGGGGUAGAUCCCUCUUUGUUCACCUUUGGCGCUGGCCAGGGUUUCCAGGGUGCCGUGCCUCCUACAGCCUCCUACAAUGUUACAGCCCCCGCAUUCAACCCCCCUGGAGUCAACGACCAAAGGAGUGCUGGCCCCGACGAAUUCAAGUUCUCCUCCGCUUCAUUCAACGUCGAUGCUCCUGCGUUCAAUCCCGGCGGCGCUGCAAGCUCUGAACAACCAUCUGGGGAGAAAACCAAGAUCUUUGGGGAUAUCUCAGAUGUCUCGACACCCGCCAAGAAGUCAAAAGCAAUUCCCAUUGUGCGGCCAGAUGAGAGCGAACACAAGGAAAAGAACAAGGGGGUUGAGGGAGAAAACGCGAAUGCCCAACCAGCUCCUGCGGAUCGCAACAAGCGUGCGCGCCGUGGUGACCAGCCUUCUGAUGGGGAAGAGCAACUCAGCGUGCCAACUCGUGCUUUGACGGAGAUGAACAAUGUCAAGGCUUCCCAGGACUUAACUGCACCCCACAAGCAGGCAGAUGGCAAAGAAAAUGUAGCGCCUGGCAAGGAGAGCCUGGCUGCUGCUGAGCGGAAGGACACACCGGUCAGUGAGGCUUCGACAUGGGCGCCUCCGGAGGGCAGAGAACAGGUUGAGACAUCAGAAUCACCAGUGCGGCACCAAGCGCCAGAGCAAGGUCCCGAAAAGGCCGCUGAGCAGCCACCGAUAGAGAAGGCACCCACUCCUGCUCCUAAAGAACAGGACAAGGGCGCUGAGCAAGCUUCUACCGUCACACUGAAGAAUAAGUUCCUUUCAGCAGCUGCGAAAUCCUUCGAAUUCAAGCCUGCUGUGCCUGAGUUCGUUCCUCCUUCAAAUGAAAAGCCUCCUAGCGUCCCUGAGAAGCCUGUCAAUGGAUUGAUGUCUUCCCGUUACGCCCCUGCUGAGAAGGACCAGCCACAAGAAGCCAAGGCUCCUAGACCGGAGUACACCUCAAGCGAGGAGUCGCCUGACGAGGAUGAGCUUAAUGCUAUUAUGGAGCAGCUGAACGAUGACUCUGAUGUUGGUAUCGAGAGAAUAAACACUCCUCAACCUAAGAGAAAACUGCCGGAGCCCGUUGCCGGGCCAUCGAAGGAGAAGCGACAUGUGCCAGCCGAGAUCAGGAGCGAAGCUCCAAGCCCCAGUCCCGGACGGGGUACGCUGGAUAUUCCCAAGCUCGACUUCGAGUCUCGGUCUCAGCUCUCCGUUACUCCUUCCAAGAGCAUGAUUGGUACUAUCACUUCGCCUGUCCGGCAAUUGCUACACGACAAUGAUCAUAUCAGCGACUGGGACGAUGUUAUUUCCUCGGGUGAAGAUGACAAGCUGCUGAACCGGAGCAGAUUCUUCGAUCGUCGCAUCAAUGAUCUCGUUGGUUCCACUGUUGAGGAGCGUUUGUCUCCGCUUGAGCGGGCCUUGGGCGUUAUUCAGCAGUCUGUGACAUCUAUUGCCUCGGGAGCUCAGAACAAGUGGACGCUGCAAAGCACCUCUGCUACUGGCGAAGACAGUGAUGCUGAUGACGAGGAUGACGAGUACGAGGACAAUUCGUCGGUUAGACCUAGGUCUCCUAUGCAGCAACAGAAAGACCGAAGACUCGACAAACUGAAGAAUGUCAUCCAGGAAGCAUUGGCGGCUCGUGCUCCCCAGGAGGUGGAAUCUCCCGCUACUGCCGAACUCUUGCAACUUAAGCAGAGCUUUGCCGAGUUGCGAGAGAUCACCUCCGAGAAACUGUCUCAAGACCCGGCUGCGAACAUGAAGAGCAUGAUCCAGGAGGUUGUCUCUUCGCAACUCCAAAUGCAGAACUCGCGUCCUUCUGAUGCCGAGGAGAUUGGAGCCGACAGCCUUAUGCUUCAGAUCGAUGGUCUCAAGAACAUGCUGCGUCUUGCGGAUGAACGGGCUGAGCAGGAGUACAAGAUGCGCCGUGAGGGUCAAGACUCUAUGGCUGAGCUUCAGAGGCUCUUGAAGGUCGCUGAGGAGGAUGCUGCCCGACACAGUGAAGCUGCCGAAUCUGCUGAGACUCGCUUCCUCCAGUUCAAGGAAGAGAAGAUCCCUUACUUCGAGCACAUCCAAUCGCGAUCUGAUUCCCUGUCCCAGGAGCGUGAGUCACUCAGGCUUACGCUUGCCGAGAUCUCGUCCAAGAACAUCACCCUUCAAGGCACUAUUGACGAGCACCGUGUUUCGAGCGAGCACUACAAGCGGGAGAACGAGAGGCAGCAGGCUGAACUGGAACGAACAAACGAGGAGAACAAGAAGCUUCAUGAGACUAUCGAGCACUUGCAGAUUCGCCUUGGUGACGGCAUAAGUAUUCGCCAGAACCUCAGCGACAAGUUCGACUAUCUGCAGGGGGAAAUGGUCAACGUUACCCGUGACAUUACUCGCGACCAGGCGAACUGGCGACGCAAGGAGGAAGCCUACGUUGCUGGAAACAAUGAGUUGCGGGCUGCGUAUAGUCGGGAGCUUAAGCUACGCGAGAAGCUCGAGAUUGAUAUCAGCGAGCUUGAGCAGCAGGAGCGCGAAGCGACUAAGCUGAAGUUCAUCUUCGGACAGUCGCAGCAGGAGAACGCACGUCUGGAGGAACUGGUUGGUAACCUGAGACUGGAGAACCAUAGUCUGGAAUCCAAGGCGGUUCACUUUGAGCGCGAAUUCAACGAAGCCCGCGAGAGCAGCCGUGUGGAGAUUCAACGCACUAGGACUUCUUUGCAAACGGAUCUGGAGGCCGCCAACAGCCAAGUCAACAUUGUCCGUGCCGAAUUGGAAGCGCAGAUCAUCCGUCUUCAGAGCCAGCAGGACAACAUCAGAAUGGACGCUGACACCGCACGCGAAAGCUACGAAAUGCUGCUGGAGGCAGCCAACGAAGCCAAGGCGGAAGCAUUGGCAUCCAAGGAGCUGGCUGUCGAUGAUCAGCGCAAGGCGCAUGAGCGUGUUCUCAACGACCUUCGUGAGCGCCACGUCCGUGCUAUGCAUAACAACUCGGAGGACAAGGUGAGACAGGAGUCUUACAUGUCCGAGCGGUUGGCCCUGUCGGAGGACAAGGCGCGACACUUUCAGGACCGCGUCAACCACCUUGAGGAGAAGCUUGAGAUUGCCAAGUCUGCUGCUCGUGCGGCUGCUGAAGCAGCGCAGACUGCCAAGGUCAGCCCUGGUGCAUUGAACUCGCAGUCUUUGCCUCCUGCUAGGGGAUCUGAUGUUCCUGAGAAGAUCUCUCCUCAGGCUCUGCGUGAGUCGAUUCUUGUUCUGCAGGACCAAUUGCAGCAGCGGGAGUCGCGCAUCGACGAGCUUGAGCAAGAAGUUGGCUCCGUUGAUAAGGAAACGCCUAACAAGCUCAAGGAGAGGGACACGGAGAUUACCUGGCUUCGUGAGCUGCUUGGUGUCCGACUCGACGACCUCCAGGACAUCAUCAACACCGUGUCGAGGCCCUCUUUCAACCAGCACGCCGUGCGCGACGCUGCUAUUCGCCUGAGAGCCAACUUGCAAAUGCAGCUGCAGGAGCGAGAGCGCGCUAUGACGGGCCAGGGCUUCCCAUCUCUCCCAUCCAUUACCGAAUUGGCUGCAUCGCCGCGCAAUCUCCCCUUGGCCGCAGCAGCCGCCUGGGGUAGCUGGCGCCGUACAAGAGAAAACUCGACCACCGACCAAACACCGUCCAAGCCAAGCAAUGCCAGUAACUUCCUCUCGGGACUUCUGACACCCCCGGGAUCCAACACUCGCCAGUCUCCCAGAGCAAACGCACCCCUCCAAUCCGGGUCGCGACGCACAUCAGAAAGUCGUCCGAUGAGAUCGUUCAACCCGACGCCACGACCGCUCUCUGGGCGCCAGGGUGGCUUGCAAGAACCGCCCAAGACUCCGCCGCUCCUUCGACGGUCGAGUUAUGAUCAGGAUGCCGAAUCGACCACUUACGAGCACGACGAACCGUUCCCAGAGGACGGAGAAGCGGAGAGCAUAGCGGAUGAGAUGGUUUCUGCAUCGCCGAAAAAUACG